AUCCAUUCUGGUUUCUAUCCUUCUUCGUAUCAACAGAAACAGAAGAAAAACAAAGUUUAGGACUUGUUUGGUUAUGGUGUUUAUCUGGUAUUCACAUUAAGAGGUAUGCAAUAAUAACAUUUUUGUCAGUUUUUUCAAAUCAAUAAAGUUCUAAAUUUAUGAAAUAACUUACUUUCUUUAAUCUGGACUCCAUUUCAGGGUCUGUAAAUCGGAUUUUAAGUUAAGAUAUAUGUAAAAACUUACAGCUUUUUGAUUUUUUAAUGACAUUUUUGCAUCUAUGGAGAUUGUGUGGUAAAAUGUUAUGCUUCAAAUACGUUUCUUUUGCUUGAAUAGAUGCAAAUUGUGUGGUAAAAUGUCAUGCUUUGAAUACGUUUCUUCUGCUUUAAGGAUGUGAAUUCUGAUUAAGGUUGCUAUAGGUUUGAUUUGAUUAGCACGACACAACGUAAUUGAGUUUCGGCAUUACCGUGUUUCUUAGUGCGUAGAUUCAGAAGAACACUGUAAUUAAACGGUUACAUUUGUUCGAGGUGGCCUCGUUGAUUUGUUGAUUUUGAUUGAUGGCUAUGGCCUAGAUGCGUUUCUGUUUUUUUUCGGUGUCUCAGCUUUUGGUUGGUCCCAAUGGCUGGUGGCUCAAUAAGUUCACAAGAAAGUGCAGGAAAAGGAAAUGAGGUUGCUCAGAAGUUUAUGUUUUUGCAUGGAGAUUUGGAUUUGUGGAUUUAUGAAGCAAAAUGUUUACCAAAUAUGGAUUUAACUACGGAGAGGAUGAGAAGAUGUUUUACCAUGUUUAGCUCUUUUACAUCUCCAAUCAAGAGAAAAACUGGCAUUCGUAAUAAGACUCACAAGAUUAUUACCAGCGACCCUUAUGUAUCGGUGUGCUUAGCAGGGGCAACAGUUGCUCGAACUAGAGUUAUUUCCAACUCUGAGAACCCACUUUGGGACGAGCAUUUUUGCAUACCGGUAGCACAUCCUAUAGCUAAAAUUGAGUUUCAAGUAAAGGACAAUGAUGUUCUUGGUGCUCAACUUAUAGGAGUGGUGGAUAUAGCGGUAGAUAAGAUUCUAACUGGAACAGAAAUUAGUGGAUGGUUCCCUAUUGUGGGUUCAUACAAUAAUCCUUUGAAACCCUACCCUGAGUUACGCUUUUCUUUGCAAUUUAAGGCUAUUAAAGAGAACCCACUGUAUAAAGAUGGUGUUGGUGCUGGGGCUGAUUACUUGGGUGUUCCUAACACAUAUUUCCCACUUCGAAAAGGUGGGCAGUUAACUCUUUAUCAAGAUGCUCAUGUCCCGGAAAAUAUGUUACCUGAAAUCCCAUUAGACGGUGGAAAGGUUUUCAGGCAAGGUCAGUGUUGGGAAGAUAUAUGUCAUGCCAUUUUGGAAGCUCACCAUUUGAUCUACAUUGUUGGUUGGUCGGUAUAUCAUCGUGUCAAAAUUGUAAGGGAGCCCACAAAACCUUUGCCGAAUGGAGGAGAACUAACCCUUGGUGAACUUUUGAAGUACAAGUCACAAGAAGGUGUCCGUGUUAUGAUGCUUAUUUGGGAUGACAAAACUUCACAUGAUAAACUUCUAUUGAAAACAGAUGGAGUGAUGCAAACUCAUGAUGAAGAAACUAGAAAGUUUUUCAGACAUUCAAAUGUCCAUUGUGUGUUGUCGCCACGUUAUGCCAGCAAUAAGCUUAGUAUCUUUAAACAGCAGGUUGUAGGAACAUUAUUUACCCACCAUCAGAAAUGUGUUAUUCUCGACACCCAAGCUCCUGGAAAUAACCGAAAAAUAUCUGCUUUCAUUGGUGGAUUGGAUCUUUGUGAUGGAAGAUAUGACACCCCACAACAUCGCCUCUUUCGCGAUAUUGACACCGUCUUUGAAAACGAUUAUCACAAUCCUACAUUUUCUACUCGGGGCGGCCCAAGACAACCAUGGCAUGAUCUACACUGCAAAAUUGAGGGCCCUGCUGCUUAUGACAUUUUGACAAAUUUUGAGCAAAGGUGGAGAAAAGCCACAAAAUGGAGAGAUUUCGGAUUCAAGAAAGUUGCACACUGGCACGAUGAUCCAUUAUUAAAGCUUGACCGGAUUUCGUGGAUACUUACUCCUAAACCUGAUGAUGAUCAUAAUGUGCGUGUUUCCGAGGAAGACGAUACUGAAAAUUGGCACGUGCAGGUGUUUCGAUCAAUUGAUUCUGGAUCAGUCAAGGGCUUCCCAAAACUUGUUAAGGAAGCAGAAGCACAGAGUCUCGUCUGUGAAAAGAACUUGAAAAUAGACAAGAGUAUACACACUGCAUAUGUAAAGGCAAUAAGAUCGGCUCAACACUUUAUAUACAUUGAGAACCAGUAUUUCGUCGGAUCGUCUUAUUAUUGGCCAUCGUACAAAAAUGCAGGAGCGGAUAAUUUGGUGCCGAUGGAAUUAGCUUUGAAGAUUGCUAGCAAAAUCAUUGCAAAUGAACAUUUUGCAGUGUAUGUAGUAAUCCCAAUGUGGCCUGAAGGUGUCCCAACUAGCGCGUCUGUGCAGGAAAUCCUUUUUUGGCAGGGUCAAACAAUGGAUAUGAUGUACAGGAUUAUAGCACAAGCACUUGAUAGAGCAGGUCUUUCUAAUGAAAAGCAUCCACAAGAUUACUUGAAUUUUUAUUGUCUCGGUAAGCGUGAAGCCGGUUCAGGAGAAAGCUCAUUGCAGCAUAGUCAGCAAUCCGAUGCAUUGAAGCUGGCUAAUAAGUUUGGUCGAUUUAUGAUCUAUGUUCAUGCCAAAGGGAUGAUAGUGGAUGAUGAGUAUGUAAUGAUGGGGUCUGCAAAUAUUAAUCAGAGAUCUUUGGAUGGUUCAAGGGACACUGAAAUAGCGAUGGGAGCUUACCAACCCCAUUACAAGUGGGGAAGAAAGAAAAAUCAUCCACAUGGCCAGGUGUAUGGUUAUAGGAUGUCUCUCUGGGGUGAGCACCUUGGAACCCUUGAAGACUCAUUCCGUGAACCACAGACGCCUGAAUGUGUUAAGCGUGUGAACAAAUUAGCAGAAGAAAACUGGAAGUUGUAUGUGUCAACCAAGAACGUAGAAAUGAAGGGACAUUUGAUGAGAUAUCCGGUAAAAGUUUGUAAAGAUGGGAAAGUCAAACCGCUGCCUGAAUAUGAAAAUUUCCCUGAUGUGGGUGGUAAGAUUCUUGGAGCACCAACGACUCUUCCGGAUGCUCUAACAACAUAGUGAGGAGAUUGUUUUGUAACAAGGCUGGAUUGACUUGAACAGCAAAAAGCAUUUACUGGAUCAUAGGAAGGUUUUCAGAUAUGAUGGAACCACUGAAUGAGUUGACAAAUCAACAAUAUAGAAGCUGAAGAUCACAGUUUUAGGUAAUUCUUGAUAUGAAUGUUCAACUUCAAUGGUUUCCAUGGUUUGUGUACAUUGACAACUCUUAAUACGAGUAAUAUUGCAAUAGUCUAAUGCAGAACUACUUGGAUCAAGAGCACCAGACAUUGCUGAUUUGUUGAGAAAUUGGCUUUUGUUCAUAUGGUUGUAACUUGUAAACAUGUAAAACUGAAGGUUAUAUAAUAUUAAUUAUGGUACAGUUAAA